CACGUUCAUCGCAGGGAUCUGCUGCUGCUGCAAUGGCGGAGUGGAGGAGUUGAUCGACUUUACCUCCGUUGCUUUUUCUCUCCUUCUCCAGAGGAGAUCUCAUGCUGAGAAGAAGGGCCUGGAAAACAGAGGAUCUGGAUUCGUCUGUGCGCUUUUUUGGCUGCUCCAGCUGCUUGAAGAGCCACGCACAGCAGCCUAUGCAAGACUUGCGCGCACACAUCUGUAUGGGAGAGCGAAGCACCACCCUUCUCUCGCCCUGCUGAGCUGAGCCCUGCUGGGGAAGGGACCCCUCAUUCCUCGCCCCUGGCCCCUGGUCUGGAUCUCCAGCUGCGGUCUAAGCGAGCAUGGCUGAGCGCAGCUCUACCGGCUUGAUGAUGAUGAUGAUGGUGGAGCCUUCGCCCGCCUUGGCUUUGACACUGCCGGCUGAGGUGCGGGAGAAGCUGGCUGAGCUGGAGCUGGAGCUUUCUGAAGGGGACAUCACACAGAAAGGCUAUGAGAAGAAAAGAGGAAAGCUGCUAGCGCCCUAUAUCCCACAGAUACAAGGUGUGGAUCCAUCGCUACAGGUAGAUCACCGGAUCCAGGCGUCCUCCCAGGCUGCCCCGCCCACCUCCAAACACAACAAACCCCGGGCAGCUAACUCACGGGAUGAGCGCUUCAGAUCAGACCUGCAUACAGAAGCAGUCCAAGCAGCCUUGGCAAAGUACAAAGAGAGGAAGAUGCCAAUGCCCUCAAAGAGACGGUCUGUUCUAGUGCAGUCUUCAGUGGAGGCAUGCACACCCCCAGACACCUCCUCUGCCUCUGAGGAUGAGGGAUCGCUACGACGACAGGGACGGAUGGCCACCUCGUCUCCAUACCAGCCACACCCCACAGUGGAACACUGGUUUAACCGCGUCAUCCAGGGGUCCUCCACUUCCUCCUCUGCUUCUUCCACAUCCUCCCAUCCUGGGGGGCGGAGCCACAGUGCCAACGCAACCUCUGGCUCUGCUGCUACCGUUUUGGCUGACCUCAUGGCUCACACACAACUCGAUAACCACUGUGCUCCUCCGGAUGUGACGGGUCUGUCCGAGCGCUCGCUGCAUGCGGAGCGUCCACAGGUAGCGUCGGUCAGAGGGCUCCCUCGCGGAUACACACACACCAGCAGCACCAUGGAAACGGCCGACGGUAGUGAUGGAGGUGAUGGCGGAGCCGUGGAUGGUGUCCCCGUGAACAGUCGUGUCUCGUCUAAAAUCCAGCAGCUCUUGAACACGCUGAAGAGACCAAAGCGCCCGCCGCUGCGCGAGUUCUUCGUGGAUGAUUUCGAGGAGCUCCUGGAUGUCCAGCAGCCGGACCCUAAUCAACCCAAGCCUGAGGGGGUCCAGAUGAGCCCCCUUCAUGGAGACCCAUUGGGGGUGGUGACAAACUGGCCUCCAUCAUUGCUGGCCUCAUUACAGCGGUGGGGAACCGCACAGCCCAAAAGCCCCUGCCUGACCGCACUGGACAACGCCGGCAAACCUGUCUACACGCUUACAUACGGGAAGCUGUGGACCCGCAGUCAGAAACUGGCCUACACACUGCUCAACAAACUCAGCUCCAGGAAUGAACCUCUGCUGCGACCUGGAGACAGAGUCGCUCUCGUGUUCCCCAAUAACGACCCUGUGAUGUUUAUGGUGGCGUUUUACGGCUGUCUCCUGGCAGAGCUGGUGCCCGUGCCCAUAGAGGUGCCCCUCACGCGAAAGGACGCUGGGAGUCAGCAGAUCGGGUUUUUGCUGGGCAGCUGUGGGGUCACUCUGGCUUUGACCACAGACGCGUGUCAGAAGGGUCUGCCUAAAGCUCAGACCGGAGAAGUGGCCACUUUUAAAGGCUGGCCGCGGUUGCUGUGGUUUGUUACUGAUGGGAAACAUGUGGUUAAACCUCCUAAAGACUGGAGUCCUCCGAUCAGAGACGCCAGCAAUGAGACGGCUUAUAUAGAGUAUAAGACUAGUAAGGAGGGCAGCACUAUGGGCAUCACCGUCUCUCAUGCGGCUAUGUUGGCUCACUGCCACGCACUCACACAGGCGUGUGGAUACACUGAGGGUGAGACCAUCACCAAUGUUCUGGACUUUAAGCGGGACGCAGGUCUUUGGCACGGCGUUCUCAUGAGUGUGAUGAACCGGAUGCAUGUGAUCAGCAUCCCGUACUCGCUGAUGAAGGUCAACCCUCUGUCCUGGAUACAGAAGGUUCACAGCUACAAAGCCCGCGUUGCUGUGGUGAAGUCCAGAGACAUGCACUGGUCUCUACUCUCUCAGAAAGAUCAGAGGGACAUCAGCCUCAGCUCAUUACGCAUGCUGAUAGUGGCUGAUGGAGCCAAUCCCUGGUCGAUCUCCUCCUGCGAUGCCUUCCUGAAUGUGUUUCAGGCGCGAGGUUUGAGGCCAGAAGUCAUCUGCCCCUGUGCCAGUUCAGCCGAGGCCAUGACCGUCGCCAUCCGAAGGCCUCCAGAGAUGGGUGUUCCUCCUCCGGGCAAAGCAGUGCUGUCCAUGAGCUGUCUGAGUUAUGGAGUAAUCAGAGUGGACACAGAGGAGAAGCUCUCAGUGCUCACGCUGCAGGACGUAGGGCAGGUCAUGCCUGGAGCUUUGGUGUGUGUGGUGCGUCCGGAGGGCACCCCAUACUUGUGUCGGACUGAUGAGGUGGGAGAAAUCUGUGUGAGCUCCUGCACGACGGGCAUCUCCUACUACGGCCUUCCGGGAAUGACCAAAAAUGUGUUUGAGACAAUCCCAGUGACGGCGUCUGGCUCUCCAGUCAGCGACCGACCCUUCACUCGCUCCUCUCUGCUGGGCUUCAUCGGGCCGGACAACCUGCUGUUUGUGGUGGGGAAGAUGGACGGACUGAUGGUGGUCAGUGGACGGAGACACAACGCUGAUGAUGUGGUUGCCACGGCGCUGGCAGUGGAGCCAAUGAAGUUUGUGUACAGAGGAAGGAUUGCAGUGUUCUCCGUGUGCGUGCUCCAUGAUGAGCGGAUUGUGGUGGUAGCGGAGCAGCGGCCUGACGCCUCAGAGGAGGACAGCUUCCAGUGGAUGAGCCGAGUACUGCAGGCUAUAGACAGCAUCCAUCAGGUGGGAGUUUAUUGCCUGGCUUUAGUUCCUGCUAACACUCUCCCCAAAGCUCCUCUGGGGGGGAUCCACAUCUCUGAAACCAAACAGCGCUUCCUGGAGGGGGCGCUGCACCCCUGCAAUGUGCUCAUGUGCCCUCACACCUGCGUCACCAACCUGCCCAAACCUCGCCAGAAACAGCCAGAGGUGGGGCCUGCCUCCAUGAUCGUGGGGAACCUGGUGGCAGGGAAGCGAAUUGCUCAGGCGUGUGGGAGAGACGUAGCUCAGCUGGAGGAUAAUGAUCAGGCACGUAAGUUUCUGUACAUGCAGGAUGUUCUUCAGUGGAGAGCGCAGGCCACGCCCGAUCACCCUCUCUUCCUGCUGCUCAACGCUAAGGGUACUGUGGCCAGCACUGCGUCCUGUGUGCAGCUCCAUAAGCGUGCAGAGCGUGUGGCUGUGGCUCUAAUGGAGAGAGGCAGACUCAACACAGGAGAUCAUGUAGCACUCGUCUACCCACCAGGCACUGAUCUGAUUGCUACAUUCUACGGCUGUCUGUAUGCGGGCUGCGUUCCAGUCACGGUCAGACCCCCCCACCCUCAGAACCUGGCCACAACGCUGCCCACCGUCAAAAUGAUUGUUGAGGUCAGUAAGUCGGUUUGUAUUCUGACCACACAAGCAAUAAUGAAGCUCCUGAGAUCCAAAGAGGCAGCAGCAGCCGUGGAUGUGAAAACAUGGCCAAUGGUACUAGACACAGAUGAUCUGCCCAGGAAGAAGCUUCCACAGAUCUACAAACCCCCCACUCCAGAGAUGCUCGCCUACCUGGACUUCAGUGUGUCCACCACGGGCAUCCUCGCUGGUGUGAAGAUGUCCCAUGCUGCAACCAGUGCCUUGUGUCGCUCCAUAAAGCUGCAGUGUGAGCUUUACCCCUCGAGACAGAUCGCCAUCUGCCUGGACCCUUACUGCGGCCUGGGCUUUGCUCUCUGGUGCCUCUGCAGUGUGUACUCAGGGCAUCAGUCCAUCCUGGUUCCUCCUCUGGAGCUGGAGAGUAACGUGUCUCUGUGGCUGUCGGCGGUGAGUCAGUUUAAGGUGCGAGUGACCUUCUGCUCAUACUCGGUGAUGGAGAUGUGCACCAAAGGCCUGGGCUCUCAGACCGAAGCUCUCCGGCUGCGGAACGUGAACCUGUCGUGCGUGCGCACCUGUAUGGUGGUGGCGGAGGAGCGGCCGCGGAUCGCUCUCACCCAGUCCUUCUCCAAAAUCUUCAAAGACCUCGGCCUGUCGCCCCGGGCCGUCAGCACCACCUUCGGCUGCAGGGUCAACGUGGCCAUCUGCCUUCAGCCCAACAGACUGGGCAACCUGGCUGAUCAGGGAACGGCUGGUCCUGACCCCACCACCGUCUACGUGGACAUGAGAGCCCUGCGCCACGACAGAGUGCGACUGGUUGAACGAGGCUCUCCACACAGUCUGCCUCUGAUGGAGUCGGGGAAGAUCCUGCCGGGAGUGAAAGUCAUCAUAGCUAACCCAGAAACCAAAGGGCCGCUGGGAGACUCUCAUCUGGGAGAAAUCUGGGUGAGCAGUCCCCACAACGCCACAGGAUAUUACACAGUGUACGGUGAGGAGGCGCUGCACGCCGACCACUUCUGCACCAAACUGAGUUUCGGAGACACACAGACGGUGUGGGCGCGGACAGGCUACCUGGGCUUCCUGCGCAGGACCGAGCUGACCGACGCCAGCGGAGAGCGUCAUGAUGCUCUGUACGUGGUGGGUUCUCUGGAUGAGACGCUGGAGCUCAGAGGGAUGCGGUAUCACCCCAUAGACAUCGAAACGUCCGUCAUCAGGGCUCACAAGAGCAUAGCAGAGUGUGCCGUGUUCACAUGGACUAAUCUGCUGGUGGUGGUGGUGGAGCUGGAGGGUUCGGAGCAGGAGGCUCUGGAUCUCGUCGCCUUGGUAACCAACGUGGUUCUGGAGGAGCACUUCUUGAUCGUCGGGGUGGUGGUGGUGGUCGACCCCGGGGUCAUUCCCAUCAACUCCCGUGGAGAGAAGCAGCGCAUGCACCUGCGGGACGGCUUCCUGGCAGACCAACUGGACCCCAUUUACGUGGCCUACAACAUGUGAUGAAGAGCAGCAAGAAGGACAGAGAAAUGCAGAAAACGAGAUCUUGGCAAGUGAAAGCACCUUAAACGCAGGCAAUACGUGGGAUAUAUCACAAUGUGAGACUGUUCUGAGAAUAUUAUGAGUUUACUCAACCAGUUUUUACACGUUUCUGCUCAUUUCAUUCAGUAAAAUGAUCUCACUGCACUCAGAGACGUGUUUGCUUGUUUGACUAAGCGAAUGCGUGAAGGGAGUGAGAUUUUGCACAAAGGAGAACCAUUUUAAUGAUGGAACCUUUUAGUUGAAGAACCUGUUAAAGUUAUAACGAACAUCCAUAAUCCAAAGGUCCCUUUAGCAGUUUCUUCCAAGAACCUUUAGGGUGUGUAGAUGGUUUAAAUGGUUCUUCACAUUCACGCAUCUCUUUUACGAAAGUGGCUUUUUAAAGAACCCUUGAGUGAAAGGAUCUUUAGGGAACCGAAGAUGGUUCUUCAGUGGCAGGGGAUUCACAGCCAACACAACCGACCGCGAAAGCUUUCGCAACCCACAAAAAUAUUAAACUGAUCUGGUGAUUUUUUUAAUUUUAUUUCUGAUUUCUCAACUAACGAGAGCUGAUCUUGUUCGGCAGCUGCUGAGUGUUGGAUGAAAGCCUGGAGAGUUCUGGCUCAGUUCAGGUUUAGAUGUUAUUUUACAGACUUGCUGUAUUUUCUUCAUUUCGGUUUAUGAUCGGUUUUCUCAGUCCGAGAUACAGUGGCCGCUUCAUUAAUACACUGGUUCUAUACACAGCCAUGAACACUCAGCAAACCCCUGAUUAAACGGUUCUUUGCGUCAUCAGAGGGUUCUUCAGAUCGAGGAGAUGUGCUGUAGAUGGUUCUUUAUGAAAUCUUUUUCAAAAGGCUUCUAUAUGGCACCAAUAAGGGAUCUUCUAUUGUUACAAGCUUGAUGUCAUAACAUUUUGGUGCUAUAUAGAACCAUUUACAGUCCGUUCUCCAAUCUGAAAUGACCCUUUCAUGAUGCAAAGAACCCUGUAAUCGUAAACCCUAAUGGCAAAAAUAUAACAGCGAAGUGUCUUCGGGGUUUCUCAAACACUAGGGGGCGCCCCUGAGUGAGUAUAAAACGAAUGGGUUAAGAUGGAGCAUUUGAGCAAAAUCAUAGUUUAGAAAUGCUUGAAACGUUUUAAAGUGAAAGAAUUCAUUCAUUUCCCGAAACACAGAACAGCAUAAAACACUAACGCCGCUGUUUUAUUUAAGAGCUUUUAAACUCGAGUUAUAGGAGUUUAAAACGGCGCCUCAUGUACGUUCAAGAUGUCGGUGAGCCGAACAGCCAAUGAGCUGCUCCGCUCUGAGGCCCAAAACCCAUUCGCUGUAGAAAAAAGGAAAAAUGCAGGAGAGUUUUCUUUGCUUUUUUAGUGAAACACAUCCCUCUACUUUCUGAAAUGAAAGGGAAGUUCUGGGCGAGUGAUUAGAGACUAUUUAACCACUUAGCUCCAUUGGGGCAGUCGUGGGCUGGAGGUUAGGGAUCUGGCCCUGUGACCAGAAGGUCGCCGGUUCGAUCCUCAGGGACAGCCCAUGACUGAGGUGUCCUUGAGCAAGACACCUAACCCCCAGCUGCUCCAUCUGCUGUGUAGCAGGUCUGUUUCUGAUGUAACGGUGGAAAUAAGAAGAGGCCAGACUCCUCAUAAACCAGCUCUAAACAUAAGACGACACAUGCUAUGUUUUACAUGGCAUUAAAUGCAAUUAAACAGGACUAAUUAUUCUCUCUUUGUAAUGAAACAUGCAGUGUUCUUUACAUAUUCACUGAAGGUGGCACCGAAUUUAAGGUGGAACUCCAUUUAAGGUGGCACUGAAGUUAAGUGAAAAUGUUGCUAAGCAAAUGCAGCAGAAACCAAGGUGGAUGAUUAUGCUUUGCUAGGUGCUCCCAUAAAGUCGAUGCCACCUUAAUUUUAGUGCUACCUUAAAUGGAGGUCCACCAUAAAUUCUGUGCCACCUUGAAUUCAGGGCAACAUUAAAUGAAGUUCCAGUUUAAAUUCUGUGCCACCCUAAUUUUAGUGCUACUGUAAAUGGAGGUCCACCAUAAAUUCAGUGCCACCUUGAAUUCAGGGCUACCUUAAAUGAACUUCCAGUUUAAAUUCUGUGCCAGCUUAAUUUUAGUGCUACCUUACAUGGAGGUUCACCUUCAUAUCAUCAUACUGCCCACCCCUGGUCAGAUCGCUUCUUUUGAUAAAAUUAUGUGAAAUUCAAUAAAAAUCUAAUUAUAUUCUUGCUACAGUCUCAUAAUGAGAAAUAUAUAUAUAGCCUACAUUUCAGAUGCUUUCACUUGCCAAGACAUAUUUUGCAGCAAGAGACUGGGAGAGUUUGCACAGAGAGAAAAAGACUGAGCGAGAGAAGCAGAGAGAGUUUCUCUUCCUGCACGUCCUCUUCAUCCAAUAAGUGCAGUCGCUGAUGGAGCUAUGCAGCGUGUGUUUGUGUUUUUAAGGGAAGACUGUUAAAAGCCUAGAACACAAAACUGCGUCUCCUCAUUUCAUCAGGGCAAUUGACUGACUGACUGACGUUCCUUUGAUUUUUAGGCUCCUCUUGUCUUAUUCUCACCUGAAUACCACUUCAACGCAUGCCGGGAAGCUCACGCCGGUUUGCAGAGGUCCCGAGAGAGCCGCCCAAACUCUCACUCACAGUCCUGGAGGACGGAGGGAAGAAGCGCCAGGUGAACGAACACCUAAGUAACACGACAGAGCGAGAGACAGAGCUGAUAUUGGGCCUGUCGUUUGUAGGACGUCCUGAUCUGACGUUUUGAUGGCUCGAGUAUCGGCUGUGUUCAGAACAGCGCUGAAGGCAUAUGUACAGACGUAUGCAGAAGUUUGGGCACGCCUGGUCAAAUGACAUUUCGCUGUGAAACCAAGUGAAAAUACAUUAAAGGAGAAGUCCAGCAAAUUUUCAGAAUGUCUGUGUAAUUUACUGUUUGAGAUGACAAAGUCAUUCAGAGUGAUUUCACGUGAAAUGGUUCACUGUAGAGAGACUUGCUGACUAUGGUGUCUUUACACUGGUGGUGAUGGGAACCAUGUCGCCAUGACUACAACACAAAUAUGGACCUUUUAUUUACCCUCCAGAACCAGCAGAGAACCUACACGAGUCUCCUGCAUCUUCUUUGGGGAGGAUUUUGCCUUAGAACACCCUUCAUGACUCCCUCCACCAUGAAGGGAACACAAUAAAUGGAUUAAAAUACAAUUUAGACCAAAACUUUGUCACAGAACAAUUUACAGUCAUUUCAUGUAGUGAAUUUCUGUGAGGGAGCUUUCAGAGGUGGACGUCUGGUUCCUAUCACCACCACUGUGAACAGUUCUGACCCUGUCAGUUUCUCUAGAACAGAGCGUUUCACACCAAACCGCUCUGAACGACUCGGUUUACAUCUUAACCGUUUAAUUUUCUGAAACAUUGAGUUUCUGAAACAUUGGUGGAGUUCCCCUUGAACACAUCCAGGGGUGCCCAGUCCUGGUCCUGGAGAUCUACCCCCCCUGUAGAGUUUAGCUCUGACCACACCUGCUCCAGGUAAUGAAGACCUUCAGAGCAUCUCCAUAUUAGAGCCAGGUGUGCUGGAUCUGAGCUCUAUAGGGUGGUAGAUCUCCAGGACCAGGACUGGACACCCUUAGGCCACAAGGAACACAUUUCUGCACAUUUAAUGCACAAUUACUGUUUAGUCGCUGAGUUUAACAUAUUGGGAGAAAUAAAUGUGGCCUGUGCAAAAUUAAUGGCACCCUUUAUACUUUAAAUGUCAUAUAUUUUUUAUGUAAAACUCAGAAAAUAAACAGAAAUUGUGUUAAAAUACUGCAUUUAGGUUCUCUGUAGAGGAUGUGUUCACUUUUCCAGGAGUGUUAAUACUUUUGCAUACUGCUGUAUACAUAGUAAGUGACCCUUAUUAGUCCCACAACGGGGAAAUUUCGCCCAUACAUACUAAUGUACACACACACACACCAGGAGGCAGUGAGCACACUUGCCCAGAGCGGUGGGCAGCCCUAUCCGAAGCGCCCAGGGAGCAGUUGGGGGUUUGGUGUCUUGCUCAAGGGCACCUCAGUCAUGUGCUGUCAGCUCAGUGGAUCGAACCAGCGAACUUCCGGUCACAAAGCUGGUUCCCUGACCUCCAGCCCACGACUGCCCCACAAAAAAACAGUCCUGUGCAAAAUUGUUAGGCAUGUAAAAAAAUAUAUUUAUCUGGGCGCUGAACACAUUUGUUUGAAGGAAAAAACCACUAUCAGCGUACAAACGAACAGUCCAUUGUGAUCUGAUGUGUGGGUGAGCUAUCUUACUCCUCUCUCCUCAAGGACGUCCAGUAUUUACAGUUAAUGUCCAACAUAGUUUAUCUGAUCAGCCCUUCAUUACAUUAAAUCAACUGAACAAAUCCAUGUAAUUUUGAGAAAAAACUCUAGCUUACCUGUUCCUAAUUGUACUAAAAACAGCACAUACAUCUUACUUUUCACCGUAUUUUUGCUUACUUGCAUUUAUUCUAAUGUUAUUUAGUGUUUUACUGGCAAAAACACACUUACUGCCCAGAUAAAUUUAAAGACAACUUGAAGUGCCUAAGACUUUUGCAGAGCAAAUUCCUCUGUUUACAUAUCAGACAAAUCAAAAAAGAUUUUACUGCAGUGUUUAAAAGUCACUGGUAGUCAAAAUCAUGGGUCAAAAAAAAAACCCAUUUGAUAUAAAGUAGACCAAAAUACCCAUAUCGGGUCAGAUUGUCCCACUAUGCAGAUACUAAAAA